AUGUUUAUUCGCAGCGCCCUCCUCUCCUUGUCGGUCCUUGCGGCUGCAAGGGAAAUGCAGAAGGAUGAAGACAAGGCUGCUAAGCUUUACGAUUCCGGUAUCAGGCACGCGAACAACAUCGCCUUGAAGAUGGAAACAUUCGCAAGGCAGGAGGCUGCGGGUGCAUAUGCUUCGUCACAAUACCGUGAGGUUGCCGAUGUAGUCCAGUGCGUGAAUGGUACCGCAAUCACCGAUACGGACACCUUCAAAUGCAAGAAUAUCGACCUCCACCAUUUCUUGUCUCACUCGGCCCUUGGAAGUACCCGAGGCUUUGGUUCCUCGUCAUGGGGUUGGACAUCAGCCACUGGCCGUGAGUUCGUCGCCAUCGGGCAAUCAGACGGUACCGCAUUUGCAGAAGUCACUGCAGCGGGCAAGCUCUCAUAUCUGGGACGUCUCCCCCAGUUCUCCGUCCCUAGCCAAUGGCGUGAGAUUCGUGCCCACAACGAUCUUAUGAUCAUUGGCAGUGAAGCUCAGGGCCAUGGCAUCCAGAUGUUCGACAUGAAGAAGCUGCUUACCGUCGACCCUGCGAAACCUGUUACCUUCAGCAACACGAAAGAUCUUGCUGGACACUAUGCCGGUCUACCUGUGGGUCGUACACACAAUGUGGUGACAAACCCCGAGGGUAAAUUCAUCUACUCUGUUGGUGCGAUGCCGAGGACGGACAAGUGCAAGUCGGGUAUCAUCUUCAUUGAUAUCUCGAACCCCGCCAAGCCCACCAGCCCUGGGUGUGCCUCCGCUGACGGCUACGUUCACGAUGCUCAGUGCCUGAUCUACCAUGGCCCUGACACCCGAUACGAAGGUCGUGAGAUCUGCUACGGCUACAACGAAGACUCACUCACAAUCUACGACAUCACCAGCAAGACCGCCCCUGUCGUCCUUUCCAUCACUUCCUACCAAGGCGCAGCUUACACACACCAAGGCUGUGUUCUGGACCCCAAGAACCAGCGUUAUCUUCUCUUGGAUGACGAAUAUGACGAGUAUGACAAGACGGGUGCUGGAGCCACUGGCAAUCCCGUCACGUACAUCUGGGACAUCAGUAACCUGAAGGCACCGAAGCAGACUGGCCUGUACAAGAGUGCCGCCAAGGGUAUUGACCACAACCAGUAUGUUUCCAACGGAUUCGCAUAUCAGUCGAACUAUGGCACUGGUUUCCGCGUUUUGGAUGUCAGGUCCAUUCCCACUGAUCCUACGGGCAAGGGCGUGAAGGAAGUUGGCUUCUUCGAUAUCUACCCAGAGGAUGACAACAUGGCCGGCGGUGGCAGUAUCGAUUUCGUCGGCACGUGGUCCAGCUAUGCGCUUUUCAAGAGCGGAUACAUUCUCAUCAACACGAUGGAGCGUGGUGCUUUUAUAGUUAAGAUGCAGAAGGGGUCUCAGGCUUAGAGCAUAUGAAUGUUGCAAGGUUGUUAUUG